AUGAAGUGGAAUGCCUCUACUGCAGCGUUUCUGCUCAGCUGCUUAGCAGUUGCUUUUCCCAUUGAUGCUUCCGGCGUUGCUGAACCAGAAGCCAUGAUUGAAGUCAUCGUCUGGGUGGAUGAGCAUGGGCAAACACUUUCAGUCGAGACCAUGCAGCCCACUGCAACUGUUGCCAAUACUCCCACUGCCCUUCCUCCUAUCCCCGCAAUCCCAGCCCUAGAAGCACCGCACAAUCUCGAGCCUGUCAUCGCAGCCAACACCGACAUCAAAGCAAACAAUAAACCCAGCCUCGACAAAGAGUACUCAAGCUCGAUGCACCCGAAGCAAAACAUCCAAUCUUUCGGCAUCUCCUACUCUCCCUACAAUGCCGACAAUACCUGCAAGUCCCAGGAGCAGGUAAAUAUGGACAUUGACAGAUUAACCCACUACGCCUUCGUCCGCAUCUACGGUGCCGACUGUGACCAAGCCAAAAAGGUAAUCACCGCCGCCCGCCGCCAUAACCUCCAAGUCUUAGCAGGCGUUUACGACCUCCACAACCUCUACGGAAACCUCAAGACCAUCAUCGACGCUGCAAGACCAGAUCUCUCCACCCUCCACACCAUCUCAAUCGGCAAUGAACUCCUCAGCCGCGGUCAGAAUUCUGCCGGGGAAGUCACUGCCGCCGUCGAAAACGCCCGCGCCUACCUCCGCACAUUAGGCUACACUGGCCCCGUCGUCACAAUUGACACAUUCUCCAAGGUCCUCGAGCACCCUGAACUCUGCUAUGUGUCCGACUACUGCGCCGCCAACUGUCACGCCUUCUUUGAUGCAACACAAUCCCCUGAAACUGCAGGCUCCUACGUCGCUGACGUCUCGCGCCGUCUUUCCGAGGUGUCUAACGGAAAACGCACGCUUAUCACUGAGUCCGGCUGGCCGCAUAAAGGGCAAAGCAACGGGAAAGCUGUGCCGUCUAAGGAGAACCAGCAGAAGGCCAUUGAGAGCCUGCGUAAGACGUUCUGGGAUAACCAUAGUGAUCUUGUACUAUUUAGUGCGUUUGAUGAUAUGUGGAAGGUCGACAAUCAAUGGACCUUUGGGGCGGAAAAAUAUUGGGGCAUUGAAUAG